AUGGUCGAUCCUAAGGUAGAAGUUGCCUUUUUAAUUUAUAAUUUUGAGUUUAAUAAACUGAGAAUUUAUGAAAAGUCAGAAAUUAUUAUAGAGUUAAAUAGAAAAAUAAAUAAGUAUGGUAUUCUUGCUUUGCAAAGUAGUUAUAAGUAUGUUAAUAAUUUCUCUUAUACAACGGAGAUAUUUCAUUAUUUUUUUAAAUUAGCAGAAUAUUACCUUUUUAAAUAUUUUAACAGUAUUAUUGUUGAUUCUAUAUUUUUUUUUAAAUGCAUAAAUGAUAUUAAAAGUAACUCUUCUUAUGAUAUCCAAAAAAAGGAAAAAGAAAAUCAAGUUCAUUUCAAUCAUAAUGCAGAUGUAAAAAAAAAUGAAAACGUUAAUGACUUUGAAAAUAUAAAAAAAAGUGAUGAUGAUUAUUCUUUUGAUUGUAGAACUUUACAUAUUUUUAUUGAAAAUUUAAAAAGAAUUGAUAGGAAAAAUAACAAAAAAGAUGUUAGUAGAUAUAAUAAUAAUAAUAAAAACAUUAACAUUAAUAAUGAAAGUAAUAUUAAAAAAAUAAAUAUGCAAAAAGAAAAUAAAAACAAUGAGGAAAUUAGUUCAUCAGGAAACUUAAAAUUUAGAAAAACGUUUUUAUAUGAAUUAUGUGAAAUAAGCAACUUUUAUAAUAAGAAAAAUAUAAUGAUUAUUAUAACAAAAAUUUUUCGUAAAAUAAUUAAUAGAAAUAAAAUCAGAUAUUUUAUAUGUGAAAAUGAUAAAAUCAAAAAGAAAAAUUAUUUGAAAUUCUUUUUAAAUCUAUUUUUAGGAAUUUUUAUUUACAUAUAUAUUUUUAAAUACAUAAAAGAAAAUUAUAAGAGUAUUGAAUAUUUUAUAUUUUUAAAUAAUUUAAAAAAUAUUAGACAAGUAUACUUUAAUAAUGUUCCAUAUUUAGAAGAAAAUCAAAUAAUUAGUUUUAUUAAAUAUAUAAAGUUUAUUAAUAUUCGAAUGUUUCAAUACAUAUAUAUAUCAUUUUUUAUCAACAUUUACAAAUAUGUAAACCUUAUUUAUAAUUUAACAAUUUUGUCUUUUUUUAAUUUUUUUAAAUAUUUAUAUGAAAAAAAUAAGAAAGAAUUACAUAAUAUAAAGAAUGAAUCACCAAAAAUAAAAUAUAAGCUUAAAAAUACAAAUAUGAUAAAUGAUGAAAAAAGUAAGAAAAUAAAUAAUAUUAACAAUGAAGAUGAAAAUAUUAUCCAUUAUGAUAGACCAUUAAGUGAAAAUAUAAAAAUUGAAGAAAAUGAAUCAUUUAAAGAUGAGAAUAAAGAGUAUACAAAAAAGAAAACAUAUGAAGAUACUAAUAAUAUUACAAGAAGUUAUCUUGAUAAAUAUUCAAUUGGGAAAAAAGAGAAUGGAGAACAAAAUAUAUCAUAUAUGUUUAUUAAAAAUGAUAAUUUCAAAUUAUGUAAUUCUAGAAAGGAUAUUCCUUUAAAACUAAAUUCUAGUUAUUCUUUAGAUGAAAAAGAAGAAUAUAUAAAUGAAUUAGUCUACGAUUGCUAUGUUUAUAUCUUCAUUUUUUUUAAAUAUAUAAAAAUUGUAAGAAAAAAAAUGAAAUUGAAAAUUAUGAAAAUACAAAAACAUAUUAAAAAUAUGAUAGGUAUAUUUGUUAAAAUAUAUAAUUUUAAUAAGGUAAAAGGGAAAGGAAGAAAAAAUUCUUUUGAUAUAAAUAUGGAGAAAAAAGAAGAUAAUUUUAACGCGUUUCCAAAUAAGGAUUCUUUUGAUAAUUAUGUAGAUGAUACAUUUCAUUUUUUGUAUUUUAAAUACAUAGAAUUAAGUAGAAGUUACAAAAUUUGUAUAAAAUUAAAUUAUAAGAUUAUUAAAUUAGUACACAUGUUCCAUUUAUUAUUAAAGCAUUUUUAUAAAUUUUUUCCUGUUUUAAAUAUCAAAAAAGAAAGUUGUAUUAUUUAUAAUUAUUAUAAUAAAUCAUUUAUAUAUAAUGAAAAAAAAAAAAAAAAAGAUAAUAAAGAAAAUUUAAAUGAGAAAAAAGAGAAUCAUAAGGAAAAAGAUAAUUUUGAUGUAUUUAAAAAUGUUACUGCCUAUCAGUUGGAGUUUUUCUAUUUCAUUGAGAAAAAAAAUAAUGAAAAAGAAAUAAUACAUGAUUUAGUAGAAGAUAAUGAAACUGAAUCAUUCAAUCAUAUAUUUAACAAAAAUUUGGAGAAAUUCUCAUCUUUCAUUGAAUUGAAUCAAUUCAAAGGUGAAGAAGAAGAUUAUUUAGAAAAAGUUUUAAGCAAGAAAAUAUCACAUAAUUCAAAAAAAUUAUUCUUAUAUUGUCUUAACAGAAAUUUGGAUAAUUUUUUAAUUAAUGUAAAUAAAGACAAAAUUUCUUUUGAUGAUGAUAUAGUAGAAUAUCAAGAUAUAAAUAAGGGAAAUAAAAAUGAAAAUUGUGUUUCAAAUAUUAGUAAAAGAGAAAAUAUAAGUAUCGAAAAAGAAAAAAAUGUUUUAAAAACAAAAAAUGUAAAUAAAAUUUUAUGUUUAUACGAUAGUCCAAUUUUAGAAGCUUUAAAAAAUAAUAAAAAUAUUUAUAAUAUCAUAGUUGAAAUAAUAGAAAACUUUUGCAACAAAAAAUUUACAUUUUUAGAAAAUUGUAUAGCUGAUUUAAAUAUGUACAAUAAGAAUGCUUUAGAAAUAUAUGAAGACAAUAUUUUUGAUAUGCAUUAUAAAUUUAAAAAAGAGGUUCCUUUUGAAAGUGACGAAUCAUUGAAAAACAAAAAGUUAUUAGAAGUUAAAAUAUUUUUAGAUUAUGAAAAAAUAUAUACUAAAAAAACAGUAGAAACUCAAACACAAAUUUCUUUAUUUAAAAAAGAUAUGUCGAUACAAAUGUCAAAAGAUAAAGAAGUGUUCACAACAACAGAGCAAUUUAUCCAAACAAAAGAAAUUAGUAAUCCAAUUUUUUAUUUAAAAGAUAUAUACAAUUAA